AUGGCAUCGUUCCGGAAAAUCGUGCCUGCCUCAGCGCUCCUUCGUGAAGGUGGAGAUGAAAUAAUGGAAAAGAAGACCAGAAAUGAAUACCGUAAAGAGAAGGAUUUGGAAGAAGAACGUAAAGCAGGAACGGCUCCGGCAAUGGUGGAUGUGCAAACUGGACGCGACAUUAAUCCACAUAUUCCUCAGUUCAUUUCUCAAAAUCCUUGGUACGUACCCAGUGAUGGACCUACUCUUCAGCAUCAAAGGCCACAUGCCGAGCGUCAGAAAGACAUGGCAACUAUUGACCAGUGGUAUAAGAAAGGAACUACUGGAAAGGCCGCGACGAAAUUUCGAAAAGGUGUGUUCCCUCCUCAGAAGCGUCGAACCGGUGAAGACAUUGCACCUGAUGAUCAUAUACAGCCGAACCUUUUGCUUGGUUUCGAUGCAAAAAGGGACAGAUGGAACGGAUUUGACCCAAGCACUCAUGAACAGGUAAUCAAAGAGUUUGAACACCUCGAAGCAACGAGGAAAGCCAUCAGGGCGGAGCAGGUGCGAAAUUUGAGAAUUCGUGAAGACACUGCUAAGUAUUUGUUCAAUUUGGCUGAGAACUCUCCGUAUUAUGACCCGAAGUAUACCGGUGAAGUCGUGGAGGCAAAUGAGGCUCAAGUAUUUGCAUGGCAAGCACGUUGUAAAGGCAUCGACGUGCAUGCACUUGCUGAGCCAACCAAACUGGAGGCACUGAAGAAGGAGUUCAACAAAGAAAAAGCUGCCACAGACAAUGAGCAACGCAAGGCACUGCUGUCGAAAUAUGGUGGUGAGGAGUACCUGGAAUCAGCCCCGAAAGAGUUACUUUUUGCGCAGACUGAGCAGUAUGUCGAAUAUAGCAGGAAAGGAAAAGUACUUAAGGGUGCAGAACGUGCUCAUGUACUUAGCCGUUAUGAAGAAGAUGUCGCGAUUGAACUCGCUUGGAGUUAUGACAGUAGAGCGCAGGAUUUCACUAUUUUUGAAGCCUUGGUGUUAGCUCGCUGA